GCAGGAUCGCCUAAGUUCGAACCCUUUGGUUGCUGCUCUGCGCGAGUUGUUGAUCUGUGUCUGCGUGCCGGUUCAAGUGUCCAAGCUUUGUCUCUGUUUUGGAGGCUGACUGUCCGGGUUGUGGUGAAUGUCAGCCUCGACGGGUCCGCCGAGAAGGUAUAAAAGUCGUCCCAAUGCCGCUUGGUCGACCCUGUCCACCUUCAUUCACUACUCCCACAUACCACAUUUUCUAAUUCCCUUCAUACCCAUCAUCAUUUGAAAUGAUGCGAUUCUUGUUCUUGCUUGCCCUCUUGCCUGCGGCAGUGCUAUCCACCGCUGUUAAUUCCGAAUCCCCCUCGUUCUGCGAGUCCCCCACCGUCGUCUCUCAGUCAUACAUCGGCGAAGACAAGGACGUGAAGGUCGAGAACAUCCGCUGUGCUAACGAUCUCACCGCGCGCUCUGAUGUAGACAAGAGGGGUAGAUCUGUGAACGUCUGUGGCACCCACUGUAACACACGCUGCUUCAAACCUGCUGGAGGAGGACCUAAUCCUUUUGACUGUAAGGUCAUUGCUAACUUGUUAAACAAGAAUCGAAAAAACGACAACGUCUUCACUAUCCCAGCCGGUGAAGGGCUAAUCAAAAUGGCGUACCGCUCGUGCACGACCUAUUUUGCCAACCAGGCUGGCGUUGAUGAACAAUACUGCCUCAGUGACUGGGCCGGACAUGUCGAUUCUCUUGCUUUCAAUUGUCAGGCUCAACAGAACGCUCAUGGCGGUAAAUGCGUUGCGGAUGACCAGAGAUGGUACAUACAAGUUCAGACUUCUUAACUAUGAGAUGUCGUUUCUUUGGGGCUGUAUUCUUUUGGACCGUCAAUGGACUGACUAUACAUAGGUUGAGCCUUAUCUUUUAUAUCUGUAGAGCAGCGUAGUGGUUAUGUUAUCAAUCUUCUAAUGCCCAUCCUUCGUGAUGUUUCUGUUGCUC